UCGGGAAGAUGGCGGCGGCCGAAGUUUGUGGGGUUUGUUUUUGUUACCGUUGAGGGAGAUUGUGAUCGUUUCGAGUUCAUUUGUCGCCACCAGCAGUGCCGUGGGCGGCAGGCGAACGAAAGGGACGGGCGGGAAAUAGCGAUAAAGCGUGAAGGGAGAAGCUUGUGGGUCUAAUAACAUGGCCGAACCGCGGCGGGUCUCUCUGACUACGCUUCCCGUCUCGGCUCCUCUGUUGAAGAAAAAGAAAGAAGAGGACGAAGAGGAGGAGGAAGAAGAGGGGGGAAAUGUGAAAAAAGGUGGAAUAUCCACCAUCACGUCACGACACACGUUGGCUCUCUUUGAGUCAAGCGAGAAGAGUUGCCCCGAGUUUUAUUACCCCGAGUUAAUGCGAGUGCGAAAGAACGAUGGAUUGAACAAUUAUGGUACCCCUUUUAAUGAUGACAAAAGGAAAGAUGAAGAAAUUGAGACCUUGGCAAAGAAAUUUGAAGAAAAAUAUGGCCCAAAAAAACGUAGGAAGGAUCGUAUCCAAGAUCUUAUCGACAUGGGUUAUGGAUAUGAUGAAACUGACCCAUUUAUAGAUAACUCAGAAGCUUACGAUGAACUUGUUCCAGCCUCCUUGACCACUAAGUUGGGUGGUUUUUACAUUAAUAGUGGAACUUUGCAGUUCCGUCAAGCGUCUGAAUCGGAUGGGGAUGAUGACUUUUAAAGAAAUAA